AUGACGUGCACAGAAGGAGCUCGAGUUGGCGCGCGCGCGCGCGACUUGGCAUCAGUGGGAUUGGUCGGAGGCAGUCGCGGCGGGGCGGCCUCGGUGUGUACCGCCGUUUCCUGCGGCGUCUUCUGUGGCGUCUACUCUCUCGGGUGCCCUCGGAGCCCGGACCGGAACGUACUCCCCGCAAGUCAUGUCGACGAAGGCCGUGAAAAUGGGACAGUUGUGGUAUCCGGACGCAUUACAGGAUUGACUGAAGGCCAGCACGGAUUCCAUGUCCAUCAGUUUGGAGAUAAUACACAAGGCUGUACCAGUGCAGGUCCUCACUUUAAUCCUCUAUCCAAAAAACAUGGUGGGCCAGGGGAUCAAGAGAGGCAUGUUGGAGAUCUGGGCAAUGUGACUGCGAACAAAGAUGGUGUAGCUGAUGUGUCUAUUCAAGAUUCUGUGAUCUCACUUUCAGGAGACCAUUCCAUCAUUGGCCGCACUAUGGUGGUCCAUGAAAAAGCAGAUGACUUGGGCAAAGGUGGAAAUGAAGAAAGUACAAAGACGGGAAACGCUGGAAGUCGUUUGGCUUGUGGUGUAAUUGGGAUCGCCCAAUAAACAUUCCCUAGGAUGUGGUCUGAGUCCCAGUAACUUGUCUGUUAUCCUGCUAGCUGUAGAAAAUAAACAUUAAACACUGUAAUCUUAAAAAUGUAA